AUGCUGAUGAGACACAUUUGUGGUCAGUCUGUGUUGUACAAAUCAGUUCCUCCUCUACUCUGCUUAUUCGGUGCACACAGCACUGCAGAAGCCCCAUUGGUUAACAGAGCUGUCAAUCAUGGUGUUACAGCCCUUUUUCUUCACUUUUGGGGUUCUGUUAUGCUGUCCUCUUUUAUUCAGACUGUGAGAACUUUCAUUUACUAAUGUAACUUUUUUUCUCUUUGUGUCUCAGUGUUUCACCCGCUUACGUAUGAGGGAGGCAUCGACUGUGACAGGUAUCGAACACACACACACCAAAAAUUAUUAGUAAAGAUAGUUCAUUUAAGAUGUGUGACAAACUCUUUUUGUGUGUCUGUUUACAGCAUCAAGGACCCGGACCAGCGAAUUGCUAUGCUGACUCAGAUCCUGGAGUUCGGUCAGACCCCCAAACAGCUGUUCACCAGCCCCCACCCCCAGAGGAUCACACCCCGCUUCCACAACAUGACCCGCAGCCUGAGCUCCACCUCACCGCUGAGUGAGCUGUCUCCAGGUACAAACAUGUGUACACAAGCUCAUAUAUACAAACACACAUACACAAUGAGGGGCCCAUUUUUUUAAAGGUUUGACUGAGAUUUGUUUUUUACCAAUGUAAAAAAAAGUUUUUAAAAAGUCAUAAACAGAGUAAUAAACUGCUUAUUUGAAAUAUGUAAAUGUGCUAAUUAAAAACAACACUUCGGUUAUGUUGUUUUCAUAGUUUCCCAUCAUGUAUCUGCCCUUUGUGUUAGCAUCUCACAGCGAGGACUCAUCCUUUGAGGAUCUGACCGAGGAGAGCAGGAGACUGGUCUGGUCUAACAUGGGGAACCUAAAACAAGUCUGCAGCCACAAAAUCCAUAAAGAGUGAGUCAGCGAGUAUUAAGAAUAAGUGAGUCAAGAAGUGUAAAGAGAGAGUCAGCAAGUAUAGAGAGUGAGUCAAGAAGUGUAAAGAAUGGGUCAGCAGACAGGGAGAGUGAAUUAGACCUUUUUGGUUCAUUCUUGUCUGUUUUAAUUGUAUGAGUAUGAAAUACAGUAUUUCUGUGUUUGUGUGUUUUAACUUGGGCUGUUUGUGUUGACCGUGCAGGUCUGUGACAGGCGUCGCUGUGAGCAGAGAUGGAUCAGCCAUUUUCUCCACAUCACAAGGUUUGAAAAAUAUCUGCAUAUCUAAAUGUUUCCUUUAUUGGAGUCUACUGUGGAUAAAUGCAAACUCAGGACUCAAAUACAGACUUUUGGGUACAAACAAACAGUGCAUUUAUGUCAACUUUGACAGAGAAUAAAGUCAUUUGCAUCUCCAGUAAUCCAGGCUCAUUUAUCCUUCUUUAUAUCCCUGUAGUUUUCUCUUAAAGGUCUUUGACUCAGUCUUUGGGUUCCACAGAGGAUAAAAAUUGCAAGCACACCACUGAGAAAUACAUUAUAACUCAACAGUAUUAUUCCUCAAUAACAUACAUGUUUGAACACCCUUUGACAGAUCUGUUUGAGUUUUUCCUCACCUGUAGUUGUGAUGAGUAAAGGGUCUAACUGUUCUCCUGUGUGUCUUUUUAUCACAGACUCAACUCUGAAAAUGUUUUCCAGAGAAUUAAAGGACUUCCAGAGGAGUGUCUCUUUCUCUAACAUGGUACAAACCUGUUUGUAGAACAUGUAUUUAUGUCUCUGAUUCAUCAUAUGUGUCUGUCUCUAAAUACAAAAAACCUUCUUUCAGGCUCUCUCAUCAUGUUUGAUGCUGGCAGAUGGUAAAACUGUGGUAUGUUCUUCCUGGGACAACAACGUGUACGUAGAACACUUCAUUACAAAUGUGAAGUUAUGUAGGUUUUAAAACAUAUAUCAUUUUAUUUCACUCUGACCCUUGUGUUUCUCUUCCUUCAGUUAUUUCUACUCAGUCCCAUUUGGUCGGAGACAGGACACUCUGAUGGGUCAUGAUGAUGCUGUCAGUCAGGUGUGCUGGCUUGACGAGCGACUAUACACAGCAUCCUGGGACUCAACUGUAAAGGUAACCAAAAUUAAAGGGACUCCACAGAUUUUUCUGCAGCUAAACCUGUGCAAAAGAAACACAAAGAUAUCACCUCACUGCAUUAGUGUAUCUCGACAGUUAAUUCAGGUACCUCCUGCAGAGAUUACAGCUGUUAAAAACAGCAACCCUGAUUCUGACUCCCCCCUUUGACCACUCUCUAAGCCCUGCACCUCUCUUUAUCCACAACCACAUCCCUCUAUGGAAGAUGCACAAGCAUAUAAAAAUGUUUAAAAUAAAAGAUACCAUCUAGUUCCCUCACCCUAACCUUCAUGCAUGCAGAGGGUUCAUGUCUGUCCAAACUGGGCUGCAGGGCAAACAGUGACUCUGUACUCUGGUGCUGUUUAUGCACAUUUAUAUCAGUGCAUGCACUCAUGCCUAUCAUAUAUUUGUAAUGGUUCUUUUAUUUUAAACUCUACUCAUUUAUUAAAGCCUAACUGGGGACAGGGGUUGCAGUAUUUAUAGAUGUCAAAGUGAUUGUGAAAACAAUCACACCUCUGGAUGACCUAAUAAUAGAUAUGUAAAUAAGGUCUAAUAGUGUCAGUUUGAUGUUACUACUAAUGUGAUGUUUAUCUUGGAACAGACACAAAGAGAACUAGCUGCACAAUGUGCUUUAAGAGUCAGUUUUUGAGACAUAGCCAGUAACAGGGUACCAUGUAAAACAGUGACCUUGUUUCAUAUGAUACCUGGUUCUUUGUGUUAUUCAUCCCCAUUGUAUUGUACAAGCUGAGAUAAGACAGUUAACCAUGAUAUCAAGCAGGAAUGUGUGUUAACAGGCUGUAUGUUGUUGUGUGUUGUUUGUUUCUCAGGUGUGGCAGUGUCCUGCUGACAGCCCCUCCACCCACAAGAGGUCCCAGUUUAACUUACUGGCUGAACUGGAGCAUGAAGCUGGGGUGAGUCUGGAGGAUUCACUCAAGUUUUUGUUGAAGGUUAGAUCAGAAUUAACUUUGUAGACAUACAGAGGAGAGGGGCAUGGAGAGAAGUGGGUUCAAACCUUAAACUAAAAUAAGUUAUUAAUUUUCUCUCUGAGUGUAAGAUGCUUCAUGUUCAAGUUACUGUAUUUGUAGCAGCAGUUAGAUUUGUUUUGCAGCAAGCAGAUGACAUUCAGUGUGACAUUCAGUUACAAAACAAACAUGACUUGACACAGAGCACAAAACAACCAGAACUAAAAAACUACUAAAACUAAAACGUGAUUCAGACUCCACUAAUCAAACCUAAAUAGAAUAAAAUCAGUGUAUGAGAUACUCAAGUUUUAAUAGCUGUGCUGUUUUAGUUUUCAUGUCUUUCUUGUUUUCACAGUGAAAGUCACAUUCUUUAAAAACUGUUCUGUGCAGCACUUUCAGCUGUUAAAUGUUUAGAAAGGGAGUUCAAUUAGUUUCUUUGAGCUGAAGAUUUACCCCAAGAGACCAGGACAGAUGAACAUGUUUAUUAGCAGCAGCCCUCUGAAUAAAACUGUCUUUUUUUUUCUCUACAGGUGAACACCAUAGCUCUGAGUUCAGCUGGGACUUUGCUGGUAUCUGGCUGUAAAGACGGGACCGUCUCCAUCUGGGACACUGGCAGCUACACGACCCUGCAGCAGGUCCACUGUCACUCAGGAACCAUCCACCACAUGGCCUUCAGUCCUGGUGAGAAAGCAGAAAAAUGUUUUUUACACUGCUGGUCCAUUUUAAAGGCUCAAAGUUUACAAUGUGGUUUAACAAAAGAUAUUGAAUAAUAUGUGGAAAAGUAUGAACAGAUUUAUGAACUGUGUCAGACUUAGAGUGAAGAGCAAUCUGUAGGGAUAAUAAAAUAACUUUUUCUUUUACUGUCAUUUCAGAGGAGUGUAGCACCUGGACAAAGCUUUCCUAGAGGGCCUUUUUAUAUUAUUCAACAAGCCAGUAGACAAUUUUCCUUUUUGUGAAAAUGAAACUGAAUAUUAUUCAUUUUAUAAUCAUCUUGUUUGACUUUUUAUGUUACCGCCAGUACCCAGGACAAGUUGUAAAAGUGUUAUUAGGCUCGGUACAAACGCUUUUAAGAGAGAAACUAAGUGGCAGAGCUCAAAUAAACCAAAAGUUAAUUGACCUUAAGUUCACCUUACUGAACACUUAGACUUGGUGUCUUGUGUGUGUCCCUCCUCAGACAGCCGCCAUGUUCUGAGUGUGGGAGCAGACUGCUGCAUGAAGGUGACUGACGUUCAGACGGGGAUGGUGAUCUCAUCUGUAAGAGCUGAGGAGGAGCAGAGGUUAGAUCAUCACACAGCAGAGAUGCACACACAGUUAGAGGGAGCAGAGUCUGAUACUACGUCAAAUACAAAAGUCAGAUCAGAAAGUUACAAUAACCUCAGUAUCUUCAUUCCUGCUUUGACUUUUUUCUUCACUGGUGUAGUGAUUUAAAUGAGCCUCACACGGUCGCACCAAAAUAUAUGUAGUGAUUUGAAAUGAGCCUCACAAGGCCGCACCAAAAUAAUACUGUAGCGAUUGGAAUUUAUAAUAAAUGUCUGAAGAUUAAUAAUCUCAAAUUAUGACAUUUAUGCACUCGUUGAAAGGGGCACCACCCACCCUUGAUGGUGGGAAAAUAAAGAAAACAAAAGUUUAAUUCAGAAAUCAAACAUCAAGUCAGUUUUAAUUAAUCAGUCUCAUAUCUUAAGUCGAAAUUCUAAUUUCAGGGACUCCACUUCUGGAAGAACACUAACAGACAGGAACUUAGAAAAAUAAUUAUCUGUUUAUUACAGGAUAAAUGAUGGUACAACACACAUGCAAUAAAUGAUGAUAAGAUAAUGAGGAUAAAAUAAUAAUAGGUGAAUAAAUAAAGAUUCUGAGUCAGGCUAGGAGCACUAAAGUUAAUGAUAGUGAGUGAAUAUGCGCUAACAUAUUAACCUACACUAACUUUGGUGUCGAGAUAAACUCGGAUGUGGAUUUGGAGGAAUCUAAGAUUACCAGAAUAAGAGGAUAUCUGAGUUAUGAACGCACGAGACAGCACCAGCCCUCUUUAGAGCUCUGGAGGUUUGCAUACUUAAGUGAGACUGGUCCUUGGAGAAGAUGGAGCAGGUUCCGAAGGUCCGGGGCUACUGGCGGUUCGAGCGGUUCAGCUCAGAAGACGACUGAAGUCAGCCGAAGGAUGAGCCAGGAGUUGCAGCACUCGGGCCUGAAGCAAAGCCAGCGCCUGUGGAUCCUGUGGAUGCUCGUUUGGGUACUUCUUUGGUCUCACUCAAAAACUCCGGCACAGAGGAUGACCUGGGCCUGCUGGGUUGCGUUCAGAGGUGACUUUGAAUCACGCAGAUAACUCAGAAAAACGAGCCUCGAGCAGAGAAAACUUUCAAAAAUGGCUUCGCGAAAUUAAAGAAAAAUCAAUCAAAGGCUUAAUCUUGAAUUGCUAUGCGCACAAAAAGUUGAAGUUUCAAAACUUGAACUAAGACGAUGUUAAAGAAAAAUCAACGUGAAUCAACACGUGGCGUAAAACUUAGAAGACUAAGAAAAAGUUCUAAGAGAAAACAAAGAAACGCACCACAGAAGGGUGUGGGCAGAAGAGAAGGGGCAUAAGAGCCGGGGACAAGAGAGUCAGCAGAAGAGAUAGAGUGAGCAACCCCACUUCACUGGUUUUAUCUUCUCACACUGGGAGUGUCUCCGGGGUGUGUGUGUGAGGAGAAAGGAGGGGUCGUGGAAUCUCUGAUUAUUUGAUCUAACUUAUUCUUUUGGCUGGUAAAAGAGUCAGAUCUGAUACUCACUCACUAUGAUUAAUAUAAUUGAAUGCUUGGUUUCAUGAUAAAUAAUUUGAUACUAAACACAUAUGAAUGAAGUGUAGGAUCACAUCAAACAUUCUCAUUAUGUUUUAAGUAUCACAUUGAACAUGCUAAAUUACUCUGAAAUGAAACAGAUAGUAACACAUGGAAACUGUGAACAACAAAAGAGUAAAUACAUGUGAAUGAACUUCAUCCUGAUGAAUAAUGGAUUCUAAAUACGCACAUUCAGGUUAUUCAAUGACAUUAAAACCACCUAAUGGUUAAAAAUACUAAAUAAACGAUUAAAAUAUAGAACAAACAUUUCUAAACCAUUUCUGUUAAUUAGAGCUAAGUUAUGAGUCACAAUCAAUAAAUUUAACUCUUAAAAGUUCAUGAAACAGUCUGAAAAGCUGUUGGUCUAAAGAAACUAAAUCCGGAGUGAUUUAAUUCUGGCUUCUGGAGCACAUAGAAAAACGGGAAACAUCUCAUUUUAACACAAAUUUCAUGAUUAGACAGAUUAGUACAUUGCUGAAUGCAUAAGAUGUCAGGAUCAGUCAUUUGUAUUCUUUCACCAAAGGAAUGUAGUCUUUAUCAGUGCAUGGUCGAGCAGGGUUUUACGACCGAGGUCUGGAGGUCAGUGUCCCCCCCUUUUCCUGGGGUCCGUAUGUUCACACACUUUAAGACGCUAAACCUCAAAUGGGAGAUCUGGGUUGAGACGUUAAUGUUUAUUUAGAUGGUCAGUGAUGGAGUCAGUUUAAAAGGUAAUAAAACUCUGUCUCUGUUCGCCGAACUGACCAAUCAUGAAGAGUCAGAGGUUUAGUCCACCUCCGGUUGGGUCACUUAUUUAACCUGAAAGUGUAAACGAGUCUGGAAAGAUUUAUAUCCUGUUUCCUGGGACCAGAUAAGGAAACUUUCCUCUGAGGAAUGUGUGGGUUUCACACCCAGGGUUGUCUUGAUUGCUACACUGGUUUGUAAUUCUCUUUUUGAUGUGAAUCUUGUGCUCUUAUAAGUUACAUAAAGGUGUACUGUGCAUCUCUGUCUGUACAGGUGUUUCUGCUGGGAUGGCAGUUCAGUGCUGGGUGGGGGUCAAUCUGGAGAUCUGCUGUUGUGGGAUCUGAUCAGUAACAGCAUCACCAAGAGGAUCCCGGCUCACUCAGGUUCAGAUCACACCCACAAACACUGCAGAUCACCUUAGUGUAUAUUAAAGAUAUCAGGGUUAAAACACUGGGCUGAUUCAUUAAGAUUAAUCGUAAACUAUUUUAAAAACAUCAACCAAUUUCCUCUCAUUUUAUAGAUCAAAUAUGUAAAAGAAAAGGUUAUGGGAUGCGAUUUUAGGAUUUAUGAUUUUAUAACGCAUCAUAAAUUAUGUUGGUUUUCUCAGGUGCAGUGACAACCAUGUGGAUGAACGAGCUGUGCAGCUCGGUGAUCACAGGAGGCGAGGACAGGCAGACCAUUUUCUGGAAGAUCUGCAGCUAG